GGUUAAAUCGCACUUGGUGUAUGAAGGACGUUUUCGUGUAAUUAAAACCUAUUUCACCGUAAACACUGGUUUAUACCGCAAUAAUAGAAUAUCAGAAACUGCAAAGAACUAUUUACUUCAAAUACAUGGUCAACAUUCAUCAUCUUUUCAAAGACUAAGGGAAAAUAUUAUAAAGAAUUCUUUUUAUAUAAAUCUAUGGUGAAUUCCUGGUAAAUUCUUUUUGUAUUUUUGAACCAAGAUAAAUAUCAAUAUUUAUCUUCUUCACUUCCUGAAAAGUACACAAACUAAUUUUGCAUUUUAAUUUCUGUUUUUCGUUGCAUAUAUUAUAUACGAAAUUGUUUUACAUACUUAUUUUAAAAGUUGGAAUGAUUUACAAAGGAGUUUGCAGCAUCUUCAGAUAUCACCAAAAAUCACAGUUGAUGGAAAUAUAGCAGUAGUAAUACUUGCUAGGAAUAUAAUACAAAAACACACAGAAGAAAAUUUGUGUAUAUCCUGAUAAGAAAAGGAAAACUAUGGAAAAGGAUUUAAGUGUAAACAAGUUUAAAUGUGAAGCAGAAACAAAAAGGAUUGACUUUCCUGAUGAUGUAAAGAUUGAGAAAGGUAAAAAAUCGUAUCAUUGUGAUAUUUGUGGCAAAUCAUUCUCUCAAAAGAACAAACUGACUAAGCAUAAAUCUGUUCAUACAGGAGAGAAGCCAUAUCGCUGUGAUAUCUGUGGCAAGUCGUUCCCUCGAAAUAGCAGCUUAUAUACACAUAAAUUUAUUCAUACAGGAGAGAAACCACAUCACUGUGAAAUCUGUGGUAAAUCAUUUGCUCAAAAUGGUGCCUUAACUAAACACAAACGUAUUCAUACAGGAGAAAAACCAUAUCACUGUGAUGUCUGUGGUCAAUCAUUUAUUCAAAGUGAUCACUUAACUAGUCACAUACGCAUUCAUACAGGGGAAAAGCCAUAUUUCUGUGAUGUCUGUGGUAAAUCAUUUUCUGUGAAUAGUUCCUUAACUAAACAUAAACGUAUUCAUUCAGUGGAAAAACCAUACCACUGUGAUAUCUGCGAUAAAUCAUUCUCUGAUGAAGGCCGCUUCACUAAACACAUGCACAUUCAUACAGGAGAGAAACAACAUCACUGCGAUACCUGUGGUAAAUCAUUCACUCAAAGUAGUGACUUAAAUAGACACAAGUAUAUUCAUGCAGGUGAGAAACCAUAUAAUUGUGACAUCUGUGGAAAAUCCUUCUGCCAAAAAGGUAACUUAAUUAAACACAAAUAUAUCCAUACAGGAGAGAAACCAUAUCACUGUGAUAUCUGUGGUAAAUCGUUUUCUGAAAGUAGUGGUUUAACUGUACACAAGCGUACUCAUACAGGAGAGAAACCAUAUCAUUGUAACACCUGUGGCAAGUCAUUCUCUGAUGCUACAGUCUUGAUUAGACACAAGCGCAUUCAUACAGGACAGAAGCUAUAUCACUGUGAUGUCUGUGCUAAAUCAUUCUCUCAAAAAGCUAACUUAGUUACUCACCAACGUAUUCAUACUGAAGAGAAACCAUAUUGCUGUGAUAUCUGUGAUAAAUCAUUCACUCGAAAUGAUCAGUUGACUAACCAUGUUCGCAUUCACACAGGUGAGAAGCCAUAUCACUGUGACGUCUGCAGUAAGUCUUUCUCUAAAAAAGGUACCUUAACUUCUCACAAACAUAUUCAUACAGGGGAGAAACGUUACCUGUGUGAUGUGUGUGGUAAAUCGUUCUCUGACACCGGCUACUUAACGCAGCAUAAGCGUAUUCAUGCAGUUGAGAAAAAAUAUCACUGUGAUAUUUGUGGUAAAUCAUUCUCUCAGAGUAGUAACUUAACUAGACACAAACACAUUCAUACAGGAGAAACGUCAUAUCACUGUGAAAUCUGUGGUAAAUCAUUCUCUGAAAAUGGUGACUUAACUAAACACAAACUUAUUCAUACCGGAGAUCAAGCAGGGUCAGGAAACCUAUUCCCUCAUUUGUUGAAUAUCAGAAACAGCAAAGAAUUGUUUGCUUCUGAUGCAUCACCAAUAUUUAUUACAAAUGAGUCUGCAGCAACUUCAGAUAAUCAUCAAAAUUCACAGAAUGGAUAUAACCCUAACAAAACUAGUAUAUAUUGUAGUAAGAAAAAAAAACAAAAACUGAUGGAAAGUGAGAUUAGUGAGAACAAUGUUGCUCGUAAAAUAUUGGCUAAAAGUAUUGUUUUACCCGAUGACUUGAAGAAUGAGAAAGGAAGAACUUCAUUUAAUUGUGAUGUCUGUGGUAAAUCGUUUUCCCAAAAUUGUAAACUGACUAAACAUAAAUCUAUUCAUACAGGAGAGAGGCCAUAUUGCUGUGAUAUCUGUGGUAAAUCAUUCUCGCAAAAGGGUAACUUAAUCAUUCACAAACGUAUCCAUACAGGGGAAAAACCAUAUCCUUGUCACAUCUGUGGUGAGGCAUUUUCUCUAAAAGGUAACCUGAUUACUCACCAACGUAUCCAUACUGGAGAAAAACCUUAUGUUUGUGAUAUCUGUGAUAAACCAUUCUCUCAAAAGCAUAAAUUAGUUACACACCAACGCAUUCAUACCGGAGAGAAACCAUAUCACUGUGACACCUGUGGGGAAUCAUUCUCUCAAAGUAUUCAUCUCACUAAACACAUACGCAUUCACACAGGCGAAAAACCAUAUCACUGUGAUAUUUGUAGUAAAUCCUUCUCUCAGAGUAGCAGCCUUACUAAACAUAAGGCUACCCACACAGAAGAAAAACCAUAUCACUGUGAUAUUUGUACUGAAUCAUUUUCUCAAAGUGCUCAAUUAACUAAACACAUACGUAUUCAUACAGGACAUUGUAAUAGCUGUAAUAUGUCAUUUUCUGAAAAGGAUAAACUCACUGCUGAUGAACUUAUUCACAGAAAAAAUAAGCCAUAUUCCUGUGAUGUCUGUGGUAAAUCAUUUCCUAAGACUUUUUAUUUAAUUCAACACAAACGCAUUCACACAGGAGAGAAGCCAUUUGGCUGUGAUGUUUGUGGCAAAUCGUUCUCUGUAAAUCAUCACUUAACUAAACACAAACGUAUUCAUACAGGAGAGAAACCAUAUCAAUGCGAUGUCUGUGGCAAAUCGUUUUCUCAGACUCACCACUUAACUGAACACAAACACAUUCAUACAGGAGAGAAACCAUAUCACUGUGAUAUCUGUGGUAAAUCGUUCUCUAAAAGCAGCAACCUAACUUGUCACAUGCGCAUUCACACAGAUGAGAAGAUAUACGAGUGUGAUAUCUGUGGUAAAUCAUUCACUUUAAAAAGUACCUUAAAUAUACACAUACGCAUUCAUACAGGAUAUAAGCCAUAUCACUGUGAUAUCUGUGAUAAAUUAUUCUCUCGAAGUCAUAACUUAGUUGAACAUAAGCGCAUUCAUACAGGGGAUAAACCCCAUCACUGUGACAUCUGUAAUAAAUCAUUUUCUACGAGUAGUAACUUAAGUAAACACAAACAUAGUCAUACUGGAGAUAAACCAUACACCUGCGACAUCUGCGAUAAAUCAUUUUCUAGAAGUAAUAGCUUAAGUAAACACAUACGCAUUCAUACAGGUGAGAAACCACACGGCUGUGACGUCUGUGGUAAAUCAUUCUCUCAGAAAGGUAACUUAACUAAACACAAACUCAUUCAUUCAGGAGUAAAACCAUAUCACUGCGAUAUCUGUGGUAAAUCAUUCUCUGGAAAUCAUACUUUAAUUGAACAUAAACGAAGCCAUACAGGUGAGAAGCCAAAUUGAUGUGACGUCUGAGUAAAUCAUUCUCUUGAAAUUUUCACUUAACUGAACACUAACUGAUUCAUACGGUGGAGAAGCCAUAUCAGUGUUAAUGAUUGGUAAAUCCUUCUCUCACAGGAGGCAAUUGAUUACAUGUGUUGGGUUUUCCAAACGAUAUAAACACACAGUCACUUGCUUCAACAAAAUAUAUUCCUUCUGAUCUGUAGAAAAGAGCAAGUAGUACAUUAACUGAUAAUUGCAAAUGAAUGCUGGGCUGAAUAAAAAAAAAACAAACAAAAGACUUUAUUGCGAGUGAGAGGAGUCAACUGUUAUCUGAUGCAAGUGAGAGGUUAACUGUUGUCCCUUGCAAGUGAGGGAUCAACAAAAAAACCCUGCAAAUGAGAGGAGUAAACUGUUCCCUGCAGCAAGUGAAAGGCUUUAUGCAUAAUUUAUUAGAUUUAUGAGUUAAUUCCCAUUUUGUUUUUGUACAAAUUUUAUCAUUUUAUUUUAUAACUCCAGUAUCAUAAAAAAUAAAAUUAUUCUGUAAAAAAA